AUGCCUCGCCUCUCCACAGACACGCUGCUGGGCACCCAGAUAGCCCAGCUGACCGGGAAUGAUGUGGACUCAGGCCCCACGCUCUCCUACACGCUCAUGCUGGAUGGUGAUGCCGUGGGCACGUUCAGUGUGCUGCGGUAUGGGGGACGCAUUGCCCUGACAGGGCCACUGGACUAUGAACAGCGCAGCCACUACACCCUCACCCUGCGUGCCUCUGACACCCGCCACGAGACCGAGGCCAACCUCACCGUCGUUGUGGAGGAUGUGAAUGACAAUGCGCCGACUUUCAGCCAGGGCUUCUAUCAGGUCCUGCUGCAAGAUGGCCUCGUCCUGCCAAAGGGUUGGUGUGUAACCAAGGGCUUGGAGAUGGAGGCGGUUGAUAGGGACCUGCUAAAAUCCAGGGAGAGGGUGGAUCACCAAAGGGGAUCUCCUUCACCAGUCAUGCUGGGCACCAUCUCAUCUCUCUCCCUGCGGCAAGGGCCAGAUAUGUUCUGCGACUUCAACGGCAAGAAGUACAGCCCGGGCGAGAGCUGGCACCCCUACCUGGAGCCGCAGGGGCUGAUGUACUGCAUCCGCUGCAGCUGCUCCGAGAACACCAACAUCAGGUGCUACCGGAUCCAGUGCCCAGCUCUGCAGUGCGCCAGCCCCGUCACUGACCCCCAGCAGUGCUGCCCGCGGUGUCUCGAACCACAUUCCCCUUCUGGCCUACGGGCACCCAUCAAGUCCUGCCAGUACAAUGGGACGACCUACCAGCAAGGCGAGAUGUUCACCACCAGUGAGCUCUUUCCUAGCCGCCAGCCGAACCAGUGUGUGCAGUGCAGCUGCUCCGAAGGCCAGAUUUACUGCGGCUUGGUGACCUGCCCGGAGCUGUUGUGCUCCUCUCCCCUAACCGUGCCAGAUUCCUAUGGCUCGUAUGAGAAGUCCACGGAAGAGGAGCCCCUGCAGUUAAACAGAGGUGUUAGGCACUCGCAAGACCAGUGCUCGGGGGAAGCAGCGGGCAGGAAGCCACCCGGAGCCACCGCAUCCACUGUUCUCGGUUCUUCCCUGGAGUUCAUUCCCAGGAGCUUCAAACCCAAGGGAGGAGGUGGCACCACCGUGAAGAUUGUCUUGAAAGAGAAGCACAAGAAAGCUUGUGUUUACAAUGGGAAGACCUACUCCCACGGGGAAGUGUGGCACCCCGUCUUCCGGCUCUACGGCCUCCUGCCCUGCAUCCUCUGCACUUGCAGGGAUGGCGUCCAGGACUGCCAGAAGAUCACAUGCCCCAAGGAGUAUCCUUGCGACUAUCCAGAGAAAGUAGAUGGGAAAUGCUGUAAAAUAUGUCCAGAAACAAGAGUCAAACCCACUGAUGAAAUAGUCACUGCCCAGUGUGGCAAGAACCCCAACCAUGUCCUGGUGUACAUGUUUGUGCCGCCGAGCUCAGAGACCUCCAAGGAGAUCCUCAGGACGAUCGCAAUCGAGAAGGAGCCCGCGGAAGAGGUGGAAAUCUACAACUGGAAGCUGAUUAAAGGGAUAUUUCAUCUGAUACAGACCAAGAAGAUCAGCAAACAGGAAUUCAAGCAAGAAGCACAGAACUUCAGGCUGAUCACCAGGACGAACGAAGGUCACUGGAACAUCUUCCGCGCCCAGACGUCAGAGCUGAGGAUGACAGAGAGCCCAGAGAAAGAAACAAAGAACUUGUAA